AUGCACGAAUAUUAUUACAGAGGCACCACAUUCUUCCCACCGCAAUGGGCUUCUUGUGAUUCAAAAAUAUUCAAUCAUGAGUGUGUUGGCUUGCUUGAAUAUUUUCCCAAUAAUUUAGUAAAAAUUAUUGGUAGAGAAAUGAUCAUUGCCAUGUUGGAUAGGACUGGUUUCGCUUUUGUUGUUUAUUCGGAAAGGUGUUUAGUUGUGAAGGGUUAUUCGAAAUUGCCAAAUGUUAAAUCUUUGAAAGACAAGGAGGAUGAUGAUGAAAUUGUAGAUAUUCGAAUGGAUAAUGUUGGAGAAUGUAACAUUUAUUUUCAUACAAGAAAUGGAAGAAUUUUCAUGAUGGAUACUCGAGAAAAAGUACUUGAUGUGAAAAAUACAGUGUCCGAAUUACAUUGUUAUUCGAAAGUGAAAAAAAUAUUGGAUUCUAUUAUUGAAAGAGGGUACCUACACCCAUUGGAUUUGUAUAGAUAUCAUUGGAAUACUUUUAAAAAGGUAGAAUUAUUAAAUAAUCGAUUUCUACUUAUUUUGACGUAUGAUGGUGAAAUGAAACUAUUCAGAUACGAAGAGGAGAUAAUUUGCUUGCAGAAUCAAGAAAAAAUUGAUGACUUUGUAGUGAGCACCAACUCUGUGCUAUUGAAAACAUCGAAAAGGAGAAUUCUGGAAUUUUGUAAAGAUAAAUUCGGUCAUUUGAGUUUCAGCAAGGCGAAUGAAAAUGUUGUAAAAUUGCCAUUUGAGUGGGAUGAAGGAGAUUCAAUUGACCUUAUUGGAUUAAGUACUGGCUUUCUGAUACGACACCAUAAAGCAAGCAAAGAAAUUGGAAACUAUACAAAAGAGAUGAUAUCCGAAACAAUAAUUUGUGGAAAAUCUAUUAUUGAUGAUAGAAACAAAUUAUUGAAAUACUUCACACAAGUGGGAUCAACUGAUUUAUUUGUAAAUUUGGAAUUUCUCAAAUUAAUAACUGGGGAUUUGAGUAAUUUGAUUAGUGAAACCAAUUUAUUGGACAAUUUGGAUGAAGAAAGUAUAAUAAUUUUUAAGGAACUCAUAAUUCUCAUAUGCAAAUUAUCACAAUACCCAAAUUCGAAUAGUGAUGAAUAUCUUGAACAUUCUAACGUUGUAAAUAUAUUGGAACGAUUCAAAUACAUGUUAAAAGAAUCUCUUAUUAAGAAUAUCAUAACAGCACUAGCAUUACUUGGUAAUAUUUCAGAUAUUGGCCUAUCUCUAAAACAAUAUUUAUUUUCACUAUUCGUUGAAGAGUUAAAUGAAGAUAAUGUAUGCAUCAUGAUCGAAAUUAUUUCAAAAUGGUUAAAAUUUUAUCCUAAUGGUAAAUUGAUUAAUUUAAUGAUGGGAAGAUGUCUUGCCUUCACUUCAGAAAAUUUAAAUUCUGUCAAAUGCCAAGAUAAAAAUAUGAUGAGUACAAUCAGAAAAAUAAUUAAUUCAAAGAAAUUAAAGAAAUCUCAAAUAUACGACAUUAAUUGGACCGAAACAGCAAAUGAAAAGUCAUUGAACUUGCUUUAUAAGGAAUACUUGGAAAAUUUGGAUAGAAAGCAUAGUGUUUCGAUAAUUAUUAACCAUGAAAAAACUGAACUUUUAAAAGUUAACAAAAUAUCAUUAAUAUUGGCGAGUCCAGUAUUUGCUCACUUAAUCUCUCAAAAUGAUGAAAAUGAACCUUUGAUUGAUUUAUUCGAAUUCCAGAAAAUGCUGAUAGAAAAUUCAACAGACAUGUUUUACCAACAUAUCAACAUGACCGAGCAUUUAAGAUUUAUAAUUCUGGUAUGCUCUUUGAAUCCAGAAAUAAUUAUGUCAAUGGAGAAUUUCACAAUUACAGAACUUGUUUCUGUCAUCAUAACUGCUCACCAUUUCCAAAUGGAAAAACUCUUUCAUUAUGCAAUAUUGUGUGUAAUGAAUUCGAACGGAAACAAGCAAGAAUUGGAAUUAAUUUUGGAAAUGAUUAAUCUUUUGGAUUUUGAUCAAUCAGAAUAUUCGAGCUGUUUGUGGAAAUUUGCAAUCACCUUUUCUUCAUCCUUCCUAAAAAAGAGGAUUAAGAACAAUAAGAUUUUAUCUAAAAUUCUCAUCCUUAAAGAAUACUUUCAAAAUACAUAA